CAUGAACCAAAAUAAGAGGCCAAAGAUUUUUGUGGGAAUAUUCUAUUUCCUUUUAUAGUAAUGAAAUAUAAAAAUAAAAAAUAUAGAAAAGCUAGAAAAGCCAUUUAUAGUAAUAAACAUUUCAAGAAAAAGGGGUAAACUUUGCUGCUUUUGUUUACAGAAAGCUGAAGAUUCUUCCAUGGGGAUUACUGGUACCACUAUGGCAAAAAGAGAUUGUCAAGAAUUAGAGUAAAGUUUAAAACUUUUUUGCAUUAUGGAUGUUUGGAAGAUUGUUUAUGAAGUUAAAAUGUGAAAAAAAAUAAAUUUAAAUUGUUGGAUGAUAUAUAAUGGAGAACCUAUCAGAGUUUGGCUAUCAAGAAUUGGAGUAAAGUUUAAAACUUUUUUGCAUUAUGGGUGUUUCAAAGAUUGUUUAUGGAGUUAAUAUGUGAAAACAAUAUUCGGAUGAUAUAUAAUGGAGAAUCCAUCAGAGUUUGGUUAUCGAAAUUCGGGUAGUUCUAGAGGGUUAAAUUAUUCAGAAGCUUCAAAUAGGAACCUUAGGUCAGAUCAUAAUUCAGGAGUCAUUGAAGAGAGAUUAAGAGACGAUAAAACCGUGUUGACUAGAUUGAAUAGGGUCCCAACUCAGCUUGGUUACUUUAGGGAAGAUGGCGGUGCGAUUAUUCGUCCAGUGGAACAAAAAGAUGUUAGCUUGAGACAAUGGAUAGAUGAUAGAAAACGAGUCGUGGAUGCACUUGAAUGCUUGCAUAUAUUUAUGCAGAUAGUUGAUAUUGUGAAUUUGGCACAUUCUCAAGGGAUGAUUGUUCAUAAUAUUCGGCCUUCUUGCUUUGUUGUGUCCUCUUUAAACCGUGUUUCGUUUAUAGAAUCUGCUUCUUGCUCUGAUUCGGAUUCUGAUUCUAAUGCUGAUUUCAAGGGUUCAUGUUCACCUCUUACCCAAAAUAUGGUAUCUGGUAGUACUUGUUUGCAGUCUGGUUUGGAGAACAUAGAAACGAGUUACAAUGAAUCAGUACAAGAAACGAAACAAAAGUUCCCGAUGAAACAUAUAUUAGAAGUGGAAACCAACUGGUACACUAGCCCGGAAGAGGCUGCUGGUUUGCCAAAUUCUUGUGCUUCUGAUGUUUAUCGACUCGGGGCCCUUCUCUUUGAGUUAUAUUGUACGUGUAGCUCGGUAGAAGAGAAGAAUGCAACAAUGUCUAACAUGAGACAUCGCGUUUUUCCUCCUCAAUUACUACUGAAGUGGCCAAAAGAAGCAUUGUUUUGCCUGUGGUUACUGCAUCCUGAGACAGCUAGCAGACCGAAAAUAAAUGAAGUCUUGCAAAGUGAGUUUCUUACUAAAAUAAGAGAUAACUUAGACGAGCGGGUGGAAGCUAUAGAUAUUAAAGAAAGGAUCGAGGAGGAAGAGUUGUUGCUCGAGUUUCUUUUAAUGAUGAGACAACGCAAGCAGGAAGCUAUAGAUGAUUUGCGUAGUACUGUUUCUGUUCUGACUUCAGAUUUGGAAGAAGUUAUGAAACUGCACUCGUCUAUAAGCAAUAAAGUGGGAUCAAGUUCGGAUGUCUCUCCCAUUGAUGAUUCUGCUAGCUCGGGAUCCAGAAAACGCAUCAGACCUGUCAUUCAAUCGAAUAACACAAGUUUAUGUAGUCAAGAGUAUCAGACAUCUGAAAAUCAAGAAAGUUCGAUCUCCAAAAAUCCUCGAUUAAUGAAAAACUUUCGAAAACUAGAAUCUGCUUACUUUUUAACUAGGAGCAGGGCAUUAAAACCAACAGGGAAAGUAUUGCAUAGAACCACACCAGUUAGUAGUGGUGGUAGAGGAUCGGUUGUUUUUACAGGAAGAAGUUCUGCUAAUGAUUUUCCAUCAAGAGAUAGGCUUGCGGAUAGGCAAAGUCGAUGGAUAAAUACGUUUUUGGAUGGAUUAUGCAAGUAUUUAUCAUAUAGUAAACUCAAAGUGAAAGCAGACUUGAAACAAGCAGACCUCUUGAAUUCUUCCAACCUUGUAUCAUCUCUAAGUUUUGAUCGAGCUGGAGAAUUCUUUGCAACGGCUGGUGUAAAUAAAAAGAUAAAAGUUUUCGAAUAUGAUUCAAUAUUGAAUUUAAAUCAUGACAUUCACUACCCUGUUGUUGAAUUGGAAAGUAGAGCGAAGCUUAGUAGUAUAUGUUGGAACAGCUAUAUUAAAGGUCAGAUUGCUUCAAGUAACUUUGAAGGAGUUGUACAGGUAUGGGAUGUUACCCGAAGUCAAGUGUUUAUGGAAAUGAAAGAGCACGAGAGGCGUGUGUGGUCAGUGGACUUCUCAUUGGCCCAACCCACAUUGCUAGCAAGUGGUAGCGAUGAUGGUUCCGUUAAGCUUUGGAAUAUCAAUCAGGGUGCAAGUGUUGGUACCAUUAAGACAAAGGCAAACGUUUGCUGUGUUCAGUUCCAUUCAGGUGCUGGUAACUCACUUGCGUUUGGUUCAGCAGAUCAUAGAAUAUAUUACUAUGAUCUUCGCAAUGCAAGUAGACCCGUUUGCACAUUUACUGGACAUGAUAAAACUGUUAGCUAUGUCAAAUUCAUAGACCCAAUGACACUUGUAUCGUCAUCUACUGAUAACACGCUGAAGCUUUGGGAUAUGUCAGAGUGCUCAUCCCACGUUGUUGACUGUCCUCUUCAGUCAUUCACGGGCCACACGAAUGUGAAGAAUUUUGUUGGUUUAUCUGUAUCUGACGGAUACAUCGCUACUGGUUCAGAAACAAACGAGGUUUUUAUCUACCACAAAGCUUUCCCUAUGCCUGCUUUGUCAUACAAAUUCAACACCAUAGAUCCGAUAUCUGGAGAUGAAGUUGAUGACGGUGAACAAUUUGUGUCGUCUGUCUGUUGGCGUAAUCAAACUUCCACUUUGGUUGCUGCAAAUUCCAUGGGAGAUGCCAAGCUCUUGGAGAUGGUUUAGAAGGUACACAUAAACAUAAGUGUAGUAUUGUUUAUAGAGACAGAAAUUUGUGACAAAUGUUUUUCAAUUUUAGGGGAUGGUGAUUAUAAAGAUUGUCACUCGCAUGAAAAAACUUGGUUGAGAAACAAAACCUUGAAAGUAGAUCAUCUUCAUGUAUAUCAUGUAAUUUUUUAGCGUUCA